AUGAAGAAGAAGCCCAUGGAGAGUGUCAAUGAUCUGAUCCAAGAGCUCAAGCUCCGCACUCUCUGGUGGUCUCUCGCUAUUUUCGCCGUUUCUUAUUUUCUCACCAAUACGAGUAAAUCGAUGUGGAUGAAUGUACCAAUGUCAAUUCUAUUUGUUUGUGCUUUGCGCAUUCUUGUAAACAAUGUGGAAUUUCGUUGGAAGGUUCGACAACCUAGAUCACAUACAUAUCUAUCUCAUUUAGAAAAAAAGCAGUUGUCUUUGAAUGAUCCACGCCUCUCUAGUGCGCCUUCCCCAGUUAAGUGGAAGAGGAAAAUUGACUCUCCUGUUGUUGAAGAAGCAAUGGGUGAUUUUAUUGAUAAGAUUUUGAAGGAUUUCGUGGUUGAUUUGUGGUACUCGGAAAUUACUCCUGAUAGGGAGUUUCCUGAUCAGAUACAUGCUAUAAUCAUGGACGUUCUUGCCGAAAUAUCAGCAAGAGUUAAAGAGAUAAACCUUGUUGACUUGUUGACUAGGGAUUUAGUUGAUUUAAUAGGGGACCACUUGGAACUUUUCAGAAGAAAUCAAGCUGCUAUAGGUGUCGAUGUUAUGAAAACAUUAUCUUCAGAGGAGAGGGAUGACAGAUUGAAAUUUCAUUUGUUGAACUCUAAGGAGCUUCAUCCAGCACUAAUAUCUCCUGAGAGUGAGUACAAGGUUCUUCAGCGGCUAAUGAGUGCACUUUUAGCCACAGUACUAAGGCAACGAGAAGCUCACUGUCCCGUGAUUCGCUCAAUAGCUCGGGAACUUUUGACUUGCUUGGUGAUGCAGCCUAUUAUGAAUUUGGCAAGCCCUGUGUUUAUAAAUGAGCUCAUUGAGUCCCUUCUACUCCUCCUUAACGAUGACAGUAAAAAGUGGACGGGUGGUGAUCAGUCGACUAAUGUACCAAGUCAUGGUCAAGGCCGUUCUGUUGCUACUGGGGGUGUACACGACAAUCUUACACCCUCUUAUAAGCAUCCAUCUUCAAAUCAAGAAACUGGUAUGACAUUAUCUAAUACGAGUGACCGGAGAGAGACAUCGUUACAAUAUAAUCCACUCCAGCAAGAAUCUUCACAGGCCAAGCCUGCUGAUUGGGCACGAAUGUUGGAGGUUGCAACUCAGAGGAGAACUGAAAUUCUCAUGCCUGAGAAUCUUGAGAACAUGUGGGCGAAAGGAAGGAAUUACAAAAGGAAAGAGAACAAAAUUGUCAAACCUGGAUCUAAAGAUCUUCCUAAGAGUCCUGCCACUGACAGCUCAUUGCCGAAUAGAAAAUUGGCCCAGGAAACAUUAGCGAGUAAACGUGGAAAGUAUGAAGCUCCAGAAGUGAAGUCUUAUCUACCUUCAACGCAUGACUUGGCUUCGGAUCACCUACAAAGUGUUGCAAGAACAAAUAGGUCAGAAUCUUUUCAAAACCCUGACAAGAAGUUAUCUUUUGAUGAAGAGCUUAGAGUUGAUAAAGUGAAGGGUACAAAGGAUAUUGCUUCUGAUGGGUAUAAAAGUUCACUAAAGAGGUCUAGCAGUGCUUCUGCCUUGGGAGUUCAACCCAAUCAAGAAAGCAGCUCCAUUAUUUCAGAAUUUUACAACCCAGAAUUUGAGAGGCACGGUGAAGGGUUUCGGGGAAAGAGUUCUUCUGACAUGAUAGUUAGGAAAGAAGGGCAAUUAGCUUCAAAGCUCCAGUGCCGGGUUAAGGGAGCAUAUUUUGAGAAAAUUGGGGCCACAUCUUUUGCUGUCUACUCAAUUGAAGUUACUGAUGCACAAAAUAGAACUUGGUUUGUAAAAAGAAGAUACAGGAAUUUUGAGCGAUUGCAUCGACAUCUUAAAGAUAUUCCAAAUUACACAUUACAUUUGCCUCCUAAAAGGAUAUUUUCCUCAAGCACUGAUGAUGCCUUUGUACAUCAACGUUGCAUUCAGCUUGAUAAAUAUCUCCGGGAUCUUCUAUCAAUUGCUAAUGUUGCUGAACAACAUGAAGUAUGGGACUUUUUUAGUGUUUCCUCAAAGAACUACUCGUUUGGAAAAUCUUCUUCUGUGAUAAAGACCUUGGCAGUCAAUGUAGAUGAUGCUGUGGAUGAUAUUGUACGGCAAUUUAAGGGGGUUUCAGAUGGUUUAAGGCGAAAGGUUAGUGGAUCACCAUCCCUCUUCAAUGAAGGAGCUUCUACAUCUACCACAUUGUACUUGUCCUGGAAUGCAGAUGAAUUGGAUAAAAGUACCCCACAGCGAAGUGCCACAGAAAGUGUGCUAAGCUCUGAUACUGAGGAAGGUGAUAGGAACAGUAAUUUAGACCAUGAUAAUAUAGACAGAGAAGAAGUACAAGAUAAUGGAUGGCAAUCUGACAAUGCAUUGAUCUCGAAGGGUCACCCACCACUUUUAACAGACCAUACUGACGAGUCCAGCAACUUGGAUUUUGAUAGAAAGUGUGAUCUGUCGGGGGAAGCUAGGGUUAGCAAUGAUGUUCCAGCUGCAAAUUUAGUUCUUACUCGCAAUAAUUUGGUGGAUCCUGUUGGAGUGCCACCUGAGUGGUCCCCAUCUAAUGUCAGUGUCCCUCUUUUGAAUUUGGUUGACACGAUAUUUAAACUUAAGAAGAGAGGUUGGAUAAGACGACAAGUCUUUUGGAUGUCAAAACAGAUAUUACAGUUGGUGAUGGAAGAUGCUAUUGAUGAUUGGCUCCUGAGGCAGAUUCAUUUGCUUCGGAGAGAGGAUACUGUUGCACAAGGGAUUCGGUGGCUCCAAGAUUUCCUCUGGCCUGGUGGUACAUUUUUUUUGAGAAUAGGGACACUUCAGAUGACAAAUGGUGGCAGUGAUCAAAAGUCUUCUCAAACAAUAAGUGGAUCUGAGGGGCGCAACAUCACGAAACACGAAUCCGGGUCUUUCGAGCAACAACUUGAGGCUGCACGUAGAGAAAGUGACAUCAAGAAAUUGCUGUUUGAUGGAGCUCCAACAACUUUAGUUAGCUUGAUCGGACAUAAGCAGUACAGACGUUGUGCGAGGGAUAUAUAUUACUUCAGUCAGUCUUCUGUAUGUGUGAAACAACUUGCAUAUGCGAUUUUGGAACUUCUACUUGUCUCCAUUUUUCCUGAGAUGAGGAAUGUUGUGUUGAGUGUUCAUGAGAAUGUGAACGUUCACAGAGCCUCAUGA